GAGAGGCUCCGCACUCCCCCCUCUUCUCCAGUUGUCGCGGCGCCAUUCAUCCACCCUCGCAUUCUCCACCUUCUCCGCUUUUCUCUCGCCGCACAACAAUAAGCGCCUCCGUCACCACCGCCGCGGCCGCCGCUUCUCUCGUCGCGGCGUCCUUCCUCUUCCUCCUCCCCGCCGUCGCGCCGCACUGGCCGACGCCGUAAUAGCUGUCCAUGGACUACUUAACAACUCCUUUCAAAGGAGUUGUGGAGGACUUUAGGGGAAGGAGAAAAUGUUACAAAGAUGACUGGAUGGACGCGUUUAGCUCGGGCAUGAGGAUACUGGCUCCAACAGCUUACAUUUUCUUUGCUUCUGCCCUUCCGGUCAUUGCUUUUGGUGAGCAGUUGAGCAGGGAGACAGAGAGAAGCUUAACCACGGUUGAAACUCUUGCAUCAACUGCAAUUUGUGGAAUUGUUCAUUCCAUUUUUGGCGGGCAACCUCUGAUGAUUUUGGGAGUUGCAGAGCCUACGAUCAUAAUGUAUACCUAUCUCUAUGGUUUUGCAAGUAGUAGGCAAGACAUUGGGAAGGAACUCUUUGUAGCUUGGGCAGGAUGGGUUUGUAUCUGGACAGCUGUCUUGCUGUUUCUUCUGGCUAUAUUUAAUGCUUGUAUAAUCAUCAACAAGUUUACAAGGAUUGCUGGGGAACUUUUUGGCAUGUUGAUUACAGUUCUAUUUUACCAAGAGGCAAUAAAGGGAUUAUUUAGUGAAUUUCGAAUUCCUAAAGGUGAAGAUCCCACAUUGGAGAAGUACAAGUUCCAUUGGCUCUAUACAAAUGGGCUAUUGGCAAUAAUAUUCUCAUUUGGACUACUCUUAACUGCACUUAAAAGUAGACAAGCGAGGUCUUGGCCUUAUGGCACAGGAUGGUUGCGAAGUUUUAUAGCAGACUAUGGGGUUCCUCUUAUGGUUGUGUUGUGGACAGCAGUGUCUUAUGGUGUACCCGGACAAAUUGCAUCUGGUAUUCCUCGAAGGCUAUUUUCUCCUCUCCCUUGGGAUUCUUCAUCACUGUACCAUUGGACAGUAGUCAAGGAUAUGGCAAGAGUCCCAGUUGGUUACAUCUUUGCUGCCUUUAUUCCGGCUAUUAUGAUUGCAGGACUAUACUUUUUUGAUCAUAGUGUAGCUUCACAAAUGGCCCAACAGAAGGAGUUCAAUCUUAAAAAACCAUCCUCAUACCACUAUGAUAUCUUUUUGCUUGGAAUUAUGACUUUGUUUUGUGGCUUACUUGGACUUCCACCUUCAAAUGGAGUUCUUCCUCAAUCACCAAUGCAUACAAGGAGUCUUGCUACCCUUAAAAAGCUGCUACUUCGAAACAAAAUGGUGAAGAGUGCACAAGAAGGCAUGGAAAAGCAAGCAAGCAAAUCAGAGAUUUAUGGGAGAAUGCAUGAUGUUUUCAUUGAGAUGGAUGCAUCUACAACUUGGACAAAGAACUGAAAAGUUUGAAGGAUGCUGUGAUGAAUGAGGAUGAUGGAGAAGCUCAGAAUAAGAACUUUGACCCUGCUGAACACAUCGAUGCACAUUUGCCUGUGAGAGUUAAUGAACAAAGAGUUAGCAACUUACUGCAGUCCCUACUUGUAGGGUGUGCGGUAUUUGCCAUGCCUGUGAUAAAGAGGAUACCAACCUCAGUCCUUUGGGGGUACUUUGCCUACAUGGCAACUGAUAGCCUCCCCGGUAAUCAAUUCUGGGAAAGAUUGGUACUACUCUUUAUUCCUCCUGGACGGCGAUUCAAAGUGUUGCAGAAUCUCCAUGCCUCAUUCGUGGAGCUGGUACCGUUCAAAUACAUUGCUGCCUUCACAUGUUUCCAAUUUAUAUAUCUGUUGAUUUGCUUCGGGAUAACAUGGAUACCGAUUGCUGGGAUACUAUUCCCAUUGCCUUUCUUCAUUAUGAUAAGUAUAAGAGAGCAUGUUCUACCAAGGUGGUUCCCACCACAGUACCUUCAGGAAUUAGAUGCAGCUGGAUAUGAAGAAAUUGCUGGUCAUUCAUUUCGUUCAAGGAAUACGUCUUUCAAGGAUGGAGAACCGUGCAACCUCGUGGGAGAGGAAGAAGAUGAUUACUCAUCUGGUGAGAUAUUGGAUGAGAUGACAACUAACAGAGGCGAAGUCAAGCAUAGGGCUAUGAGCAUCAAUGAAAGGUUUCAGGUUCACCCAGAUGAUGAGUCUUGAACGUAAGACCAGUGAAUCGCGACCACCCCCCACGACCACAAAGGUGUUUGUAUCGUCCACAUUACCGAAAACGGGACAUACAUAUAUCUAUAUGAAAAGAAGAAGAAAAACAAAAAGUGAAGAGAUGAGUUCUUACACACACAUUAUAACCCCAACUCUUCGUAGUAUACUUAAUUGUGGGGUCUAAGCAUAUAUAGAAGGGGGAAUCCUGGAGAAGAUAAUCAUACGACCACCAUAUUAUAUGGAUAUUAAUCAUUCUUUAACCCUUCCAAGGGUAAUUCCUACAAUUACUUUCUUCAAUGCAGUAAAAACGAAAAAGGUAGUAGCAUAGCAAAAAUGGUCUUACAUUAUUGCUACUUUAGAAUAUUCAGACUUGAGAGCACCACGUACUGUGAAAGUGCUCAUUUCCCACCAUGUUGUUGAGGCAUUAUUUUGUUCAUUUCGUUGGGACAUUAUUUGUCCACAGCAUCAGAUGGGUACUGUUGGCCUGGGAGGAUAUACAGUAUAUAGGAUGGUG